AGAGUUACAUUGUCAUGAUCAGAACUAAUCCAAGUAAAUCUUAAUUAUUCUCUUUUCAAAGAGCCAAUUCUUCUCUUCUUAUCUUACAUACAAGACAUGGCAACUCAACCCCUCCCUCCAUCAAGAACAACAAUUUCACAACUACAAAUGACUCAUGUUGAAGAGAAGAUCAUCAUAGAACAAGUUAAGGAUACACAUAAUCCGAAUGGUGGCAUAGAUGUCGAUGCAAAUUGUCUUCUCAAGAUUGUGGAAGACAUUUUUAAUUUCAAUACGGUUCCUCAAGAAGCAAUGCAAGACAGGUUACAGUUACAAGAACACAUCCAGAAGGAUAUUUCAUUUGUUGUUUUACAACUCUCUUUCGUGAUAGCCUUCACUUGUGUAAGCUAUGAUGAUAGUCACUCAACUGCCAUUUAUCUACUAAGUUUGUUGUCAAAGUAUAUGUGGCAUGCUAAGGGAGUAAUGUUACUCGCAUGUUUUGCAAUCAUCCGAGGGAAAUCUAAAGUUGUCUCACAACCAUGUCAUCGGAAAGGACUAUCUUACAACAUGGCUACUCUAAGAAAUAGUCUAAACUCAAUGAUAUCCUCAGACAAUGAAAUUGUUUUAAAUGACUCAAUAAGAUCCAUGUUUAAUCUCACCGAGCUUAUGGUUGAGCUUCGACAUUCAUCAUCAAUGUUUUUGACGAAUUAUUGGAUCGCAAAAAGUGUUGUUGCCUGCGCUCACUUCCUUAUGUUGGACCUCGAGCCACAAAAUCAUAUCAUGAUGGAACUGUCCAAUGUAUCCACCAAAAUCAAAGAGAUUCUGGCUUCCAGCCUCCCACUACUAGAGGCAAAAAGGGCAGAAGAAAAUUAUCAUGCAUUGUUACAUGCGUUUGAUAAUUCUUCAAAUGUUUUGGACGUUCUUAAAUUAAUAUUUAAUAUCAAAAAUAAUAAAGAGAAGCCAAUUUGGUACCACCAUUUGUUCAAUUAUUUUCCAGGACCAAGGGGAUUAGAUGAGUUUGAAGGAGAGGGAGUGCUACUGCUAAUAUCAUCCCACAAACACUUACCCUUUUAUGCAUAUUUUGCGGCGCCCACAACAGCGAAGGUGAUUUGGGUUCCAAUUAUAAAUGAUCUGGAUGAGCAUAUACAAAUGCCCGAUGAAUUCUCCUACAGAUGUUAUCUUGUAUUGGAUCCACAAAAAUGGAUUGCACCAGCAUUUUUAAGAUUUCUUAAAAAUAAGUGCUUCCCAACUUUUCAAGUUGGGGGUGACCCUAUUGUCAUUUCAUUGGACAAACAUGGAAGAUUGGUUCAUUCUAAUGCACUUCACAUGAUAUUCACAUGGGGAAAUCAACUUUCUGAAUGGACAAUAAUGGGAUCAAUAGGUGGUAUAAUUCCUUCAUUAGAAAAUGAGUUAAGGGAAAGGACUUUAGGUGCUGACCGUGUGAUUGAUGACAUUGACAAACAAAUACAUAAUUUUGCAAUAGAAGUCCGCACCAAGGUCCAUGAUUGGAUGAACGUUAUCGAGAAGAAGAUAAAAAGUUCGUUUCGUUCAUACAAUUACACGCGUGAGAGGGAACAAGAGCUUUGGCUUCAAGAAUCUUGGAAUCUUAAGCUUGUAGUAGGAGCGAGUAAGUACUUGGUGUACAAAAACAGGCUAACCGAGUGGAUUUAUGAUGAUGAAAAGUACACUCUUUUAUGCGGAGGGAAUAAAAUUAAACAAGUUCAAAAAUUUGUACUUAAGGUACAAGAAAUUCGUUCCAAAUUUCAAAUGGAUAUAGAAGUUGUUUACAUUGGAAGAAGAGGAAAAAUGAUUGAUGAAGAUGGGAGCAGUGCAUGUGAUGAUGUAUUUGACCUUGAUGAUUUUAAGAUAUUUUGGGCUCAACUUUAUGGCAUGGCCUCAUCUAGGAUCCAAUAUUUAAAUAAAGUUGGACUUGAUGAAAGGAGUGAUGAAAUUUUGCAAGGACUCAGAAAAUUAUUAUCUUAUGAAGAUGAAUGUACAACAAUUGGAUCAUGGGCUUUGUUGAGCAAAGGGAAAAGAAUAAUUGGAUGUGAUAUGGGAGACAAAAUGUUAGAAGUGUUGAAUGAGUAUGAGAAAUGGAAGAACAAUGCACAUGCCAAUGAUUUUGAACAAGCAUUCAAGGAUUACUAUGAGAUGCUUAAUACUUCUUCUUCUUCAUCUUCUUCCAAUCAACACUCUUAUUAUUGUGCUCUCAAUCACCCAUCUAAUUUGGACAAAAUUUCAGAGACGGUGUCAUGCCCUCAAUGUAACCACAAUAUGCAUAAAUUUGUCACUUUUUCAUGUUGUCAUGAUCCGCCUGAUUAUUUAUACUACUAGAGUUUGUGUUCUACUUGCACUGGUUGUUAGAGUUGUUGUAGUAGUCUACAUGCAUGUAUUAUGUUUGUACUUGUACAUUCAUGGUUGUAAUAUUAUUCAUUGAAUAUACAUACAAAUUAAACCUUUAAUUUGUUCA